AUGUCGCUACAAGACAGGACAUCCGCCUUUUUCGCCUCUCUAGCUGGCAAAAGCACCUACUCGAAACUGGGAUUCAAGCUUCUCCCUUCGGACCCCGUGCUGGACACUUUUCGCAAACUAGGCUACAAGGUGGUCGAAUAUGACAUUCCACCUUACCCGCUCUACACGGCUGGCUUGAUCGCGGUUCGCAUGUUGGGCUUCCUCGUCGCUUCUUCCAUCGUUGCUUACCUGCUCUACCACAAGGUCGCAGUCAAGUCUCGGGUGGGAAAAUGGGUUUCCAUGGUGAGCCUCAUUGUCUCGCUUCUCGCCUGGCCUUUGGUUACAGGUCGAUCGGGAGUGAUGCUUCUUGAUUUCUGGCGUCCCGCACUUGGUUUCCGUUCUUGCUUGCUGGUUUGGGAUAUCUUCCAUAUCCGUACUUACCAUCAAGUAAGCAGUUGGUCUUUUGUUCGCUUCUUUGCUCAACUUUGGACUUUCCCCAAGGAACUCGACGAGAUCGCAGAACGUACUGCCGAGCAAGGUUACCAACGAAACGCACGGAUGGAAAACCUCAAGGGAAUGCCUCGGGUCGCCGUCGAAGCCGUUGCCAUGUUCGGAACUCUUUACUUUAUUCCGCCUUACGAGUUGACUAGGAAGAUGAGUCAGUUGGCUUACCAUUUUUACUGCGACAUGCUCGGUAUCUGCAUUCUGAUGGCUUUGGCUCUCUUUGGUGAUGGUUUGCUCAAGGCACUUGGCAUCCUUAUCAACGUCGAGAUGGCAGAUAUGUUUGAAAAUCCUUUGGGUACCACCAACAUUCGUCUCUUCUGGAGUCACUGGAAUCGAGCCAUCGCCGCUGUCUUCCACCGAGUCAUCUUUGGCGGUCGAAAGAAGAAAACAUUGAUCCCAACAAGGAAAGCUGAAGCAGCGGCUGCUAAGAAACGCUUCUCGCACAUGGACGGUAUGUCUGAAACCGACGUAGGUCACACUUCAGGUGAAGACCAACAUUACCACUCGUCUUGCUCCACCUCGAACGAUCAUGGUGCUGGGGCGGCUAGAGCUCUGAAAUCGCUCUCUCACAUUUCCAACGGCAAGGCUGAUUGGGAACUACGAAAGCGCACUGCUAUCAAAGCUAACGGCAACCUUGCUGCUGGCACACCGGCAAAGAAAUCACCUUUCCUACCCAAAGCAGCGGCAGCAAUCCUAACUUUCGCCAUGUCUGGUCUCUUCCAUGAACACAUUACCUAUUUCACGCUUGGCUUUGCCAAUGGUGAAAACUUCCUCUUUUUCCUCUUAAACGGCUUCGCCACCGUCGCUGCGGCUUGGUUCAAACGCACCUAUCCUCAUCUGAACGAACAGAUCCCAACGUGGUUAUCCGUGUUGAUGCUUCACGCAUUCUUCCUUUCCGUCGUACCACUUUUCUGCUCGCCCUUCAUUCGCAGUGGCUUCUUUGUUCAGUUGGAAGCAUUGCGGUACGAAUUGAUGCCCAUUACAGAGCGUCCUAGAGGUAGCUUUGUUUACCUUUUCGGACAGUAA